UGAAGUUGUGGUUCGAUGACUUCGGUGGUGCGGAUCCAUGUUCCACCGUGACAGCCAUGCAAGUCCUGAGUUUGAAGUUUAUAAGUUCUUUUUGGCCUGAUUGGCUAUGGUGACGUUGUUGUUAUUCACCGGCCCACACUGACUGGCGGGAGUUCUCAGUCGUUGGGGCGGUGAAUGGUCACGUUAAGCUCCUCAGUUUAGAUAUAUGGUUCUGCUGUUGAUCGUGUCACCAUCCGCCAAGCUGAUCUAGGCGAUGUCAAGCUGAUAUUUGGUUUUACCGUGCUUUUCAGUAUCGUUCGUUCCACCAGGCUGACUAGAUGUCCAACUCGACAAGCUCGCUGCUUUUGUUUCGCAGCGAAUCGUGGCCGACUCCGAAAUAGGCGCAUUAGCCAACAACGUUGAGCUGUACAAGAUGCAAGAAACUCGAAGCCGAGCAUAGUCAUGGGUGGCUGUUUGUUUUAGGCGUUCACAAUCAAUCAGUCGAAGUUGAAUGUGUACUGAUGUGUGCCGAUUGCUGCUUGAGUGUCAUCCAUUCCUGCUCUGUAUAUCUAGUUGGGCUGGAGGAGGUCAAGCAUGGCAGUCUCCCACUCUGCAUUCGUUGUGCUCGCCUUCCUAGUAAUCUGCUCCGUAUGCACCCGUAACGUGGACGCCGGCUGUCCUUCCGGUUACAAGGACUGUGGAUAUAGUCGCGGCUGCAAGUCUGCCGUGAAGAGUGAUGUCAAGAACUGCGGUAACUGCGGUGUCAAGUGCCACAGCCCGUCCAAUGCCACUCCAGUGUGCUCCAAUGGAGUGUGUGGAUAUCGCUGCAAGCAAUACUUCAAAGAUUGCGACAAGCGUAAGGACAACGGAUGCGAGGUGGCGAUAAGGACAGACGUUAAGAACUGUGGCCGUUGUGGUAAGGUAUGCCCCCAAUUUAAGAAUGCCGUCAGUCAGUGCAGGGAAGGGCGGUGCACAAGCAAGUGCAUGCCUGGGUAUAGCGACUGCAACAACGACAUGGUCAAAGAUGGGUGCGAGACCUUCGUAAUGGGGUCGGACGGGGAUAACUGUGGCAAGUGUGGCUCUAAGUGUGCCUUCAACCAAUACCCCUUUGGCGUCUACGGAUGCACCGCUGGAAAGUGUCAGUUGAUCCAAUGCUACAGAGGGAUGACUGAUUGCAAUGGCAACAUUACAGACGGCUGCGAGACCAAUACAUACAGCGAUUUAAACAAUUGUAACGGUUGUGGAAGUGUUUGUGCCGCAAGGCCACAUUCCAGCCCUAUCUGCGUCAACAGUCUAGGCUGUUAUUUCAUCUGCGAUGAGGGGUGGAGCAAUUGCAAUCGGCCCUGGGAGGAGUGCCGUGUUGACAUUUACAAUGACGUGAACAACUGUGGCGAAUGCUACAAUACAUGCCCAACUGGAUACAGCUGCAAAAAAGGAGUCUGUACGCAAUGAAGCGCGCUAUUGCUCUUCCGUUCUAAAUUGCAGAGAGUUGAGACCCAGCAUUCAUGACUAGGAUCUCCACCCUCAUUGUGAUACUGCAUUCCACGUAUGGUCUGUUCAAGACGUUUUAUUCUAGCGUUCGUAUGAUUUGAUUAGGAUUGUACGAGUAAAAACUCUAGUACGGAAAACCUCUGGUGAUUACCAUGUUUAGUUACGAAGUAGACCGCUUCUUUCUGACGACAAUUUCCCUUCGUGGUAUUCUGCGAUCAGUUGUGAUGUGAUUUCUCUAAUUUGGAGGAUAUGAGGUGUCGGGCUGAACCUGAGAUAUUAUAUUACAUGGUUUUUUCUGGAUAAAGUCCUCCAGACUCAUGUCUUAUUCGAGCAGAAUAGAAUGGAACUUUUGGUCAGUUGCAGGACUGAUUCUGUCGAGUCGAAUCUGCCAUGUAAUUUAUAAUUUCCAGAUUACUUAUUAAUUCUACCAAGCACUAUUAGAUUUCACACAG